UUCAUAUCCGAAGAGAAGUAGUUCUACCGCGGGAGUACUUUUCUCAUUGAUGCACCGCUUAUUCUUUGUUCAAUGUCGGAAAUACUAUUACACUCGCGCAAUUGCUGCGAAUUCUCAGAUUUCUCAUUUAGCUCGAUUGGGCCAAAUUCAGAAUGCCCGAAGGGUGUUCGACGAAAUGUCCGUCAAAACUGUAACUUCUUGGAACUCUAUAGUCGCUGGAUAUUUCCAAAAUCAGCAGCCCUAUGAAGGCCAGCGUCUUUUUGAUCAAAUGCCUGAGAGAAACAUUGUUUCCUGGAAUGGGUUAAUCUCAGGUUAUGUAAAGAAUGGGAUGGUGAAGGAAGCAAGAAAGGUGUUUGACAAAAUGCCCCAAAGAAAUGUCAUUUCCUGGACUGCUAUGGUCAGAGGGUAUGUUGAGAAGGGAUUGGUUGAGGAGGCGGAAACUCUGUUUUGGCAAAUGCCUGAAAAGAAUGUUGUGUCAUGGACUGUGAUGUUAGGCGGGUUGAUUCAAGAAGGGAGAAUUGAUGAGGCUAGAAAGCUUUACGUCAUGAUGCCAGUAAAGGAUGUAGUUGCAAGGACUAAUAUGAUAUGUGGAUAUUGUCAGGAAGCCAGGUUGGAAGAGGCUCGCGACCUCUUUGAUGACAUGCCACAAAAGAAUGUCGUUUCUUGGACUGCCAUGGUAUCAGGAUAUGCCCAAAAUGGUAAACUGGAUAUUGCUAGAAAACUAUUUGAAGUCAUGCCUGAUAAGAAUGAGAUCUCAUGGACUGCAAUUGUCAUAAGCAAUGUGCAAUAUGGUAGAUUUGAAGAGGCGUGGAAGCUUUUCGAAGUAAUGCCUGUAAAAACCACUCCUGCUUGUAAUGCCAUAAUACUUGGAAUUGGACAGAAUGGGGAGGUUGCUAAAGUAAGGAUGGUAUUUGAUCAUUUGAAGGAGAAGGAUGAUGCAACAUGGAGUGCAAUGAUCAAGGUUUACGAAAGGAAAGGGUAUGAGUUAGAGGCGCUGGAUUUGUUUCAACGAAUGCAAGUAGAAGGAUUUCGGCCAAAUUUCCCUUCCUUGAUAAGCAUGCUUUCAAUUUGUGCUAGUCUUGCAAGUCUUGAUUAUGGUAGAGAGAUACAUGCAAAGUUAAUCAGAACCGACUGUGAUGAUGAUGUGUAUGUCUCGUCUGUAUUAAUCACAAUGUACAUUAAAUGUGGUGAUUUCGUCAAGGCAAAAAUAAUAUUUGACAGAUUUUCUCCUAAAGAUGUGGUCAUGUGGAAUUCCAUUAUAACAGGUUAUGCUCAACAUGGUUUAGGAGAUGAAGCUCUAGAAGUGUUCAGAGAAAUGUGUUCUUUAGGUAUUACCCCAGACGAGGUUACCUUUGUUGGAGUUCUAUCUGCAUGCAGCUACACUGGGAAAGUGAAAGAAGGGCAAGGCAUCUUCGAGUCCAUGAAUUCAAAAUAUCAGAUGGAGCCAGCAACUGCACAUUAUGCUUGCAUGGUAGACAUGCUUGGUCGAGCUGGUCGGUUGAAUGAGGCAAUGGAUCUGAUCAACAAAAUGACUGUAGAAGCAGAUGCAAUUGUUUGGGGUUCUUUGAUGGGUGCAUGUAGGAUGCAUAUGAACCUAGACUUGGCGGAAGUUGCUGCAAAGAAACUUUUACAGCUUGAACCCCAAAAUUCUGGGCCCUAUGUCCUACUUUCUAAUAUUUAUGCAUCCAAAGGUAAGUGGGCUGAUGUUGCUUCGCUUAGGAAGUCAAUGCAGUCUAGGGAAGUGGUUAAAUCACCUGGUUGUAGUUGGCUUGAGGUAGACAAGAAGGUGCAUAUGUUCACCGGUGGACAGAGCACACCCCAUCCCGAGCAUGAAUCGAUCAUCAAAAUGUUAGAAAAGUUGCGCCCUAUGUUAAGAGAAGCUGGAUAUUGUCCUGAUGGAAGCUUUGCUCUGCAUGAUGUGGAUGAAGAAGAGAAGAUGCAUAGCUUGAAUUAUCACAGUGAGAAACUAGCUGUGGCCUAUGGACUUCUGAAAUUGCCUGAAGGUAUGCCUAUACGAGUAAUGAAAAAUCUUCGGGUUUGUGGUGAUUGUCAUUCUGCUAUUAAAUUAAUAUCUAAAGUCACAGGACGAGAGAUAAUUCUGAGAGAUGCCAACAGAUUUCACCAUUUUAAGGAUGGGGUAUGUUCAUGUAGGGAUUAUUGGUGACUGCUUGAUUACCUGUAAUAAUUCAUUACAAACAGCUUUGGUGUUGUGGUAAAUGGUGACUAUGCACUCAUUUAGCAGCCAACUGUAUGCAUUCGUCUCUAAUAGAUUAUAGAAGAGGAUCAUAAAGCCCACUAGUGCGAGUAUUUCAUCUCAAAUUACUGGAGAUAUAGUGUAUCCUGAGUUUGUCGAACAAUUAUAGAGGAUUGUGUUGUCUACUCAAACAAAUUCAUUUGUGAAUAUAAAAGAAUGCAAAGAUUAGGACGGAGCUAAUAUCUAAUCUCAUACUAAACAAUGCUCUGCACCAAGCCAGAUCACCCAUUAUUGCAACCUUCAGAACAGGAGUUCCACUAGCUGGAGCUGGUUUCCAGAGCAUGAACCGAGUCAGAGAAUUAGCGUGAACAAAGACUAGAGCCGGAGACUUGGCGUUUGAACUGUGCUGAGCAGACAUGACUUCUACCUUAACUUUGUCCUUUUCACUAUGCACCAGCCAUGAACUAAAACGGCUAAUCUGUCAAAAACAAUCUUGUUUCCAAUCAUGGCAUGGCUUUACUGAGUUGGCAUUGUUGCAGCUAUUCUGAUCUUCUUCAGCCACUUGUAGUACAGAGCCAAACUAGCGGAAGGUUGACAAGAAUUCAAGAGAAGGUAAACCGUCCUGCCUAAGUUCACUGAAGUUAGCUUUCUGAUCAAAUUAGUUGUUACUGAAAGAUAUUAUACUAAACUUCCAUGAAUUGAAACUGAUAUCCUGUUAUUCUCUUUUCCCCGUUUUUCAGUUUUUUCUAUUGAGAUUGUUGUCUUUCUGCAUUUUCUUCACUUUGUAGUAGUUCAUAUCUGUUUAAAUUAUUCAAAGCUAUAUGUGAAUUGAAACUGAUAUCCUGUUAUUUUGGAUGUAUGUUUUUCUUGUGUUAUUUUCAAAUUCAGCUUUCCAUGGUUUGGGCUUGGGUUAUAAGCAUCGUUUGCUGGUUUCUUUUGCAUUCUAAUCCUUGUGUUGCAUAUCACGUAUGAGCAGGAGUCGUACUCCUGGUUUUGUUGUUAUAGCAGGGUUGGUGAAAUAGAACGAGAUCAGCUUGUGGCAGACUUCCAUAAGGGUGCUUCCCCCUCGAAGCUAUGGAUAUCCUGUUUUACCCUUCUAAUGGAUUGCCUAUUCUGAAAAAAGAUUCAAACAGUGCCAUUGCUAGGGAACUAUUUUGCCUUUCAGCAGACGAAGCAGCUUUAAGUUUAUAUCAUGUUAUAUCGUCAGUGAAUGCUGAUCAUAUAGUAGAAGACUUGGCUGUGAUAUUCGAUUGCAAGGUGGAAACCCCACCGUUUGUCUUGGGCUACAUCUGGGAGCAAAACACAAAGAAUCUGGCACUUGGCAAAGUGUCAUUGACAGAUGUAAAAACAGAUUUGCUCCAAGAAAGAAGCUGUACCUUUCUUUGGGAGGAAGACUAUACUAAUCAGUAGUGUUUUGUAUGGCGUCCCUACUUGAUGUCUUUACUGCACAUUCGUGCAAAUGUUGGAAAGCGAUUGAAUAAAAUAAAACCUUUCUAUGGUAAUGAAAUUCUGAGAAGAAAGAAAUGCAUCGAGUCAGAUGGCCCAUAGUGACUAAAGACAAAAAGAAAUUCUAUGAGGUAUGGGAAUCAAAAAUCUGAAAUUCUCAACAAAAGUUUGUUCCCGAAUAGUGUAGGAGGUACAAUGAGCAGGGAUGAAUUGUGGAAGAAUGUGAUAACAGUGCAAUACAGCAAAACUGAUAACUGGUGCACUAGACUAGUGACUACUUCAUAUGUAGUUGCACUAUGGAAACCAAUUAGAGGUAGGACUUUAUAAAAAAAAGAUAACUGAAGGAGCGCAAUGGCAGGAAGAUCAGAUUAUGGUCAGAUAAAUAGCUGGAAAGGUCUAUCAUGAAAGAGCUGUUCCCUGACCUUUACUAUAUAGCCGUCUUCAAGAUUCACAACAAUCUCGAUGCUACACUGGAGAUGGAUAGAAGAAGUUUCAGUCACUGGAAAUAAAAAGGGUUAAUAUAAUCCGCGUUGCAUAAACUGGAAGCAGUAAAUAUGGAGGUGAACAAGACCCCGUUGUAUGGACAGGCUGCACGAAUAGCAGAUUCUCAGUUAACUCCUGUUAGAAAACUUUACUUCAACAGAGGAGUUGCAGUAACUCACUGUCCUUGAAAAAUGAUUUGGAAAGAAGAGUUCCGACAAAAGUUGUGUGUUUUUAUGGAUUACAUCUUUUGGUGCUUGUUUUGACACAAGACGACUUACAGAGGAGAGGAUAUCAGUUAUGCUGCAGUAGACAGUAAGCACCAUCAGUCUGUUUUACCAUUUAUUAGUCCUUGAAGUCAUUUUUUCUGUUGCAUGUAUUGGUUUCUCUUUCUCUUUUUGGUACCUUCUCUAUCUAUCUUUUCUUGUGCUAUUCAUGUCUAACUAUAAAUCGUUCUGCUCCAUGUCAAUUGAAACUAAUAUUUUGCUCA